CCCCAUUUCUCUGGUCUUCUUAAUUCAAGCUAUUAACCCCUUGGCUGCCUUUUAUUUCCACAGAAAUUCAACUCCAACUUUCCCCUCUGUCCAUGCUUUCAACUUCAAGUGGAAGCUAGCCCUCCAGAAAGCAGAGGGCAUUCAUUCAAAGUUCACACUCCUCCCCAAUUUUCCAUGGAGGAAACUUCAUCGUUCGAGACGAGCGAGAUGACGGCCAACUUCCUGGCCUCCACCCCUCUGCUGACGGAGUCGUGGCGCCUCUGCCAGCUGGCCAACGCCAGCCGCGGCGCCGUUGGGGGCGAGGGCGAAAAGGUCGGAUUCGCGGCGGAGAUUGGUGGGACGGCGACCAGCCGGGUGGGUUACGUGGCGUUUUCGGGUGGCGGAAUCGCGCCGCCGCCGGGGGAGCCCGGGGGAUGGGGGAAAUUGGUUGGUCUGGAAGCGGCUGGGUGUUGCUGGGCAAGGAGUCUCUUCUCCGAUCGGAAGAGUGGGGAAGAAGGGGAGGAAGGCGGCGGAGGGGGAGAAUUGGAUCCUGUUAUGGUUUGCGGUGAGCUGCUGCGGAUCUUCUGGUCAGUAUACCGGGACACGCGCUUCCAAUCCCAGAGAAUAAUACCUUUUGUGGGCAAUAAUAAUGCACAGAUAUCAGAAGUAAUGCGUGAAUGCAGCUCCGUAGUGGUGACAGGGCAUUCAAUUGGAGGAACAAUAGCAUCACUGUGUGCAAUUUGGCUACUUUCUUGUCUGGAAUCCACCUCUCCCCGCCCAUCUGUCCUCUGCAUCACCUUUGGGUCUCCACUGCUUGGCAAUGAAUCACUCUCUCGAGCCAUUCUAGCCCAAAGAUGGGCUGGCAACUUCUGCCAUGUCGUCUCGAGGCACGACAUCGUGCCAAGGCUCCUCUUGGUCCCAGACCUUGCUCCUGUCACUCACCAGCUCCACUCCCUGCUCCAUUUCUGCCACCUCUCUUUGUCAGCAGCUCCGCAGCUUGAAACGACAACCCCGCUUGGUCUGCAGCAACUCACAGAUGAAGCCAAGGCAAAGCUUUUCAAUCACGUCAUGGCUUCGCUGCAUGCACUGUUGGAGUUUGGAGGAGAAGGAAGGAAGGCGAACAAGGGUAGUUCGUUUUCGCCCUUCGGUAACUAUUUCUUCUGUUCCCAAGAUGGUGGAGCCAUUUGCGUGGACAAUGCAGCUUCUGUCGUCAGAAUGAUGUAUCUGCUCCUUGGGAUGGGGUCACCUAGUUGUAGCAUUGACAGCCAUCUAAACUAUGGAGUUGUGGUAGAGAAAGUCUGCUCUCAGUUCCUGACCAACAGAAGCUUCUUGCAAGCCGAGCUUCCUGAAUCCAGCUAUGAUGCUGGUCUUGCUCUGGCCUUACAGUCCUCGGGGAUCGAUUCCCGGGAACCGAUUGCAAGACCAGCGAAAGACUGCCUGAAGAUUGCCAAGAGACUGGGGCGAAAACCAAGCCUAAAUUGUGCCAAUCUAGCUAUCAAACUGUCGCAGGUAACACCUUACAGGGCUGAAAUCGAAUGGUACAAAGAAUCCUGCGACAGGUGCGAUGAUCAGAUGGGGUACUAUGACUCCUUCAAGCACAGAGGUGCCUCAAGGAGAGACGCCAAAGUGAACAUGAACCGCCACAAGCUGGCCCGGUUCUGGGACAAUGUGAUCACCAUGUUGGAGACCAACCAGCUCCCUCAUGACUUCCACAAACGAGCCAAGUGGGUCAAUGCCUCUCAGUUCUAUAAACUUCUGGUUGAGCCACUGGACAUAGCUGAAUACUAUAGAAUUGGUAUGCAGCGGAUCAAGGGACACUACAUAACAUGUGGAAGGGAGAAGAGGUACCAGAUCUUCGACAGAUGGUGGAAAGAAGGAAUCGACGGGCAAGAAGAGAGCAAUACGAUGAUGAUGGUGAUGAGGAGCAAGUUUGCAAGCUUGACACAGGACACAUUGUUCUGGGCAAGGGUGGAGGAGGCCCGAGAAUGGUUGGAGAGUGUCAGGACUGAAAGGGAUCCUGGGAAAGCGGCCGAGUUAUGGGAGAAACUCGAUGGAUUUGAGAGGUACGCAAGAGGAUUGGUUGAGAAGAAGGAGGUUUCCAAGGACGUUGUGGCAAAGAAUUCCAGCUACUGCUUGUGGGUGAAGGACUAUCAAGAGGUGAAAUCACAAGUCGAGACACUCUUGCGCCCCCAGUUUCCUAAUUUGAUGGAUGCGGAGGUGGUUCCCUAAAAGUUCUUAUGGUAACCAAUUACGGUAUAUAUGCAUCUUCCAUGUAGAUCUUGGGUAGUACCAUGAUUGAUCGAUUUUGUAAUAUAUAAGUGGGCAGGACGCAAUAUUUUCAAUUUUGCAUAUACGAGACAAUUCACCAUGACGAUACAUAGUAAAGCAGAGCAGGCUUCCAUUAAUGUCCAAGUGGUAUCAACGCAGAGUGAUCUAAUCUUCUAUGUCUUGAGUUCAGCUUUGAUUAACGAUUAUUAUCUUGGCCUAAUAGUCAACACUAAUCUCAUUAAGGAACAAGGCUAGUGUUCCAGAAAGGACAGACAGGGCUAGUGUUUUAGCCAGAAGAGAGUUGCUCUUUUUGAGUUUCUCUAAUUAC